GACUGUAGAUGUUCUUCUAGUUUUGAUAGCUGUGAAGGAAGCAAAUGUGCGCUGUUACCGAUCUACCUCUUUAUAAAGUAUAAUUUUCGUCUUAUGGGUUAUUUUAAAAUGACCAUCCGAUUCUGUUUAAUUUAAUUCCGUUAGUUUUGAACUUUAUAUUCUCAGAAGGGCUUGGGUGAAAUGCUGAUGUGAUCUAUUGUUACUUACGCAACUCUCACUUAAUAGUACUUUCAAUUAAACUCUUGAUUCCUCUUUGAGUUCUCAAAUCACAGAAUGACCACCUACGAAGGGGGUAAAAACAUUGCUUAUAGCAAUCAUUACCUAGAUAUGUGUACUGAUCCACAAACUCUUAAUGUCGUCAAUGUAACCAAUUCGACUGUUUUAAAAUGCGAUGAAGACAAUGCUAUUGAACAAAUUGAUGUACAAGACGAUUCUAAUGAGGAUACGCCAGUUGUGAACAUAUCAAUUAGUAAUGUGGUGUGUAGCUUUAAUGUGCGAUGUCAUUUGAAUCUCCGUCAGAUAGCAUUAACUGGAGCUAAUGUAGAAUAUAGAAGAGAAAGUGGAAUGGUUACUAUGAGAUAGAAACCUUACACUACAGCAAGCAUUUGGUCUUCUGGAAAGAUUACUUGCACUGGAGCAACUAG